AUGGGCAGUCCACCCAUCCCCGACCGCUCGCCGACCAAGCGCGCAGUCUCUCCCUCUUCCCGCCCGCCAGCGUACCGAGAUCGCAGUCCACCGCGUCCACACCCCGGCACCCGUCCGCCCGUCGCACCCGCCAGCGUUCCAUUCAGCCCACCGAAGCGCAAGACGGGCGGGAGCAUCAAGGGGAAGGAGCGGGCCACGAGCGAGGGAGUCGAGGGACCCGGUGGAGAUGGAGAGUUCCCGCCCGCGCCUGUGCCGACGUAUAGGCACUUGCUGGGAUCCAACAACGGUGGAGCAGCGAAUCCUCUCCGAGUAAUCGCGCACAUCGAUAUCGACGCCGCGUACGCUGCGAUGGAGAUGAGCCGGUUGGGCAUCCCCGACGAUCAGCCCAUGGCAGUCCAGCAAUGGAACGGCUUGAUCGCAGUCAACUAUCCCGCGCGAGCAUACGGGAUCACCCGCCACGAGACGCCCGCCGAAGCGCUCAAGAAAUGUCCCGACCUCAAACUCGUGCAUGUCCAGACGUACAAGAAUGGCGAGAAGGAGCCGGGGUACUGGGACGGGGCGAAGCCCGAGACGCAUAAGGUCUCGCUCGACAUGUACCGCAAAGAAUCGCGCAAGAUUCUCGCCGUCUUCAGCGAGUUCUGCCCUAUUGUCGAAAAAGCCUCGAUCGACGAAUCCUUCCUCGACCUGACCCUUCCCGUCCGCCAACUCCUCCUCGACCGCUACCCCGCCCUCUCUUCCGCUCCCUCCGGCAGUCUCGACGAACCUCUCCCCUCGCCAUCCGCGCUUGGCGUGCAAGACGGCGACAUCAAGUGGGACGGAUUGUGCAACUUGAUCCCUUUCUCGGGGCAGAAGAAGGAGAAAGUGCGCCGGCUCAAUCCGGAUGGAACUGCCGCGCCGCCUUCUUCGUCACCUACAAAGGCUGUCGCUCCUUCCGACGGAGCUACAGCGCCCGCACCACUCGCAGCAGCAGCGGACGACAGCUCACCCACGCCCGACCCGCCCGAACCGCCUCUCACCUGGUCCGAUCUCUGUCUCUCGCUCGGCGCGUCGAUCGUUCGCGACGUUCGUGUGGCGGUGAAGGAGCGACUGGGGUAUACGUGCUCGGCGGGGAUCGCAACGAACAAGAUGUUGGCGAAAUUGACGAGUGCUUGGAAGAAGCCGAAUGCACAGACCGUCCUCCGACACUGCGCCGUCCCAGCUUUCCUCCGCCCAAUGCCGUUCCAGAAGAUCCGCAACCUCGGCGGCAAACUCGGCACUGCUGUACAGGAGACGUAUCAGGCUAACACGGUGGGAGACUUGCUUACUUUCUCGCUCGCGGAACUGAAGGCGAAGCUCGGCGACUCGAGCGGGAUGUGGCUGUGGGAGAUCGUGCGCGGCUUGGACUACACCGAAGUUGACACGAAGACGCAGGUCAAGAGCAUGCUGUCGAGCAAGAACUUCCGUCCGUCGAUCAAGACGUACGGCGAGACGAUGCACUGGCUCAACAUCCUCGCGACCGAGAUGCACCUGCGCUUGACGGAAGCUAGGGAGGAUUCGCCUGGGCUCUGGCCCAAGACGAUCACUUUCACGCACCGCUCGCCGACCUUCGUCAUCCACUCGCACCAGAUCCCCUUCCCCUUCACCUCGACCCUCACGAUCAACUACAUCCUCCGCCAUGCCGAAAAGCUCUUCCGAACCGCUAUCGGCGCGCAGACCUCGACUGGUCCUCCGCCGACGGCCGAGACGCCCAUCGGACCUUACUCGAAUGUCCAGCUCAGCUUUUCUGGACUUGAGAGGCUCGAGGAGGGACAGCGUGGGAUUGAGGGGUUCUUUGCGGCGAAGAUGGCGAAGGGUGCGAGUGCGCAGGGAUCGGGCGAGAAGGAGAAGAAGCGCAAGGAGAAGGAAGCAGUCAACGGGUCGGCGGACGAGGUUAAGCCGGCGAAGAAGCGCAAGGUCGACAAAGCGGCCACGAAGAGCGCGAAGGCGGGCGACACGAAGGUCAAGUCGCGCUCGCCGAGCGUCACCGUCCAGCCCGACGGGACCGAGCAGCUCACCCUCUCGUCCGACUCUGAGGAAGAUGCCGGUCCGCCUUCGCCUCGCCGGCUUCCGACAGCCAAGUGCGACGAGUGUGGCAAGAAGCUCUUCAUCUCUGUCGAGGCCCGAACGGCGCUCGCGAAAGGCAGUUGGAAGGAGGACGAGGUCAAGGCUGCGCUGGAGAAGGAGAAGGCCGAGCAUGCCGACUUUCACGUCGCCAAGGCCAUCCUCGAGAAGGAGCGAAAAGCAAACGGCUGGGGCUCGGGCGGGUCGACAAGCGGCGGCGCCAAGACGACCUCGUCGGCAGGCUCGAAUGGCAAUAGCAAGAAGGGGAGUAGGAAGCAGUUGAAGCCGUCGAAGAAGGAGAAGGAGCGGGAGAAGGGCAAGUUGACUGGCUUUUUCGGUCGCAAGGGGUGA